UCAAAUCUAACACACUAUUAUGAACACCGCAAUGUGUGCCUAUCUAUGCAGGUUUGUUAUGGUGGUCGCGGCUUAGGAUAUAAAAACCCGUUCACACCAAAGGCUUACGUGGCACGCUAUUGGAAUAAACACGUCCGCAACAACUUGCCAAAGCCAUCGUUCCUUCUUUCCAAGGCCUCCCCAAUGAGCGCCGCCGAAGCGGCAUCGUUCGCCAAGCUUGCCGCCGCCAACUCCCUCUCCACGCAGCUGCCAGAGUUCUGCUCCGCCGCCCACCUCCUCUGCUUCCCGGAGGUCCAGCCCAGCCUCGAGAAACACACCGAAGACGUCGAUUUCCAAACCUACGAUAACUCUCAGAACUUCUCCAACUACGGAAGGAGUCGACCCGGCGGAACCGAAUCGUUCAGAAGCUACGCCACCACCUUCUCCAGCCGUCCCGACAACAGUUUCCGCCGCUACAGCCGCCGAUCCGUCGGCCACGUGGACAGCUUCGUCCGCUACGGAGGCUCCAUUGGCGACAUCUACCAGACCUUCAACACCUAUGGCACUUCCUCCGCCGGCGGCGCCGGCGAGUUCAAACAGUACGCCACCAAAUCAAACUUCCCCGAGCUUGAUUUCACCACCUACUCCGACAGCUCCGGCGGGAGGAGGCAGUCGUUCUCGAGCUACGGCGAGAACGGCAACUCCGGCGGCCAGAAUUUCACGAGCUACGGCAAGAACUCCGCCGGCGCCGGGAACGAGUUCUCCAGCUACGGGACUAGCUCCAACGUUGAGGCGUCUAAUUUCACGAACUACGGCGCGAGAGGGACAAGUCCCAACGACACGUUCACAAACUACGGCGUGCUGCAGAACAUUCCUGAAGUGAACUUCCAGAGCUACGCAGAGGGAACCGUUGGUGGCACGGAAAGUUUUUCAAACUACAGAGUACAAGCUAACGUCGGUGACGACUCGUUUCAAUCCUAUGCCAAGAACACCAAAGAAGGGACCAAAGUGGAUUUUAGAAACUACGCUAUUUCCGCAAACCCUAGUUCUGAUACUUUCAAAGGCUACGCUAAAGGAGCAGAAGGAGAUCACAAGGUUGGUUUCACAAGCUACGGCAACAACACUAAUACUACGUUUAAAGAUUACGUCAAACAGGGCGUUUCCUUUGCUAGUUACAACGUACCUUCCAGUUCCGCUUCUAAAACUGUUAGUGACAGUUUUGUAAAAACGGGUAAGUUUUUUCGCGAGAGCAUGCUCAAGGAAGGGACUGUUAUGCCAAUGCCGGAUAUAAGAGAUAAAAUGCCUCCAAGGUCGUUUUUGCCCCGCUAUAUUUUGUCCAAAUUGCCUUUCUCGUCUUCCAAGAUUGACGAGUUGAAGCGCGUGUUCAAGGUGUCUGAUAACUCAUCCAUGGACAAGAUGAUCAUGGACUCGUUCGGGGAGUGCGAGAGGGCACCCAGCGUGGGUGAGACCAAACGCUGCGUAGGUUCCGUUGAGGAUAUGAUUGACUUUGCAACCUCCGUUUUGGGUCGCAAUGUCGCCGUUUGGACCACAGAGAAUGUAAAUGGAUUUAAUCAGAACGUUAUGGUGGGUGGUGUCAAAGGGAUGAAGGGUGGGAAGGUGACCAAAUCGGUGUCGUGCCAUCAGAGCUUGUUCCCUUACUUGCUUUACUACUGCCACUCCGUUCCUAAGGUUCGGGUCUACGAAGCGGAUCUAUUGAACCCGGAAUCUAAGGCCAAGAUUAACCAUGGAGUUGCUAUUUGUCAUUUGGACACCACUGCGUGGAGCCCCACCCACGGUGCAUUUGUGGCGCUUGGGUCGGGUCCGGGUCGGAUUGAAGUGUGCCAUUGGAUCUUUGAGAAUGACAUGACUUGGACAAUUGCUGAUUGAUUGAGAAAACUAGAAUUACUUUGCACUUUGCACACUGGCUAAUUAAAAUGAUAGCAAUGGCUAGAUAAAUGGUUUUUCACCCUUUGGAAGAAGUCAUGCUUAUGUAAUAAUCACUCAAUUAGGAACCUGUGUUUGUAAUUGUGUAUUAUAAGCAUGAGAUUAAAAUAUAAUGACAGUAUAAAUGUCGAUAGAGGUGAGCAUGAUUUGAACCGGUUUGGAUAUAUAUAAAAACCCAAUUAUUUUUGUAA